GCUGGCUUCAUUUAGCUGCAUAUGUGAUUACUAGUCCUACAGUGGAGCGACUGAUAGGGCGGCACAGCGGCGGAAAAUAUUGGGGUUUAGUGCCGCUGCGAAAUGGCUGGGCAGCAGUUUCAGUACGACGACAGUGGCAACACUUUUUUCUAUUUCCUCACGUCUUUUGUGGGACUAAUAGUUAUCCCAGCCACCUAUUACCUCUGGCCUCGGGAUCAGAAUGCGGAACAAUUGCGGUUAAAGUCUUUACGAAGAGUUCAUGGAAGAUGUCUGUGGUAUCGCCUUCGGCUUAUGAAAUCACAGCAGAGCAUUGUUCCAACACUAAAAAAAGCAGCCCUGUUGUUUGGGUGGGCAGUAUUUCUUCUCCUGGCUUAUAAGGUGUCUAAAUUAGAUCGAGAGUACCAGGAAUAUAACCCCUAUGAGGUCCUCAACCUGGAAGCAGGUGCAUCUGUCGCUGAGAUUAAGAAGCAGUACAGAGUGCUGUCUCUAAAACACCAUCCUGAUAAAGGAGGAGAUGAGGCCACGUUCAUGAAGCUUGCUAAAGCUUACUCAGCAUUGACUAAUGAGGAAUCACGGAGGAACUGGGAGACUUACGGCAACCCCGAUGGCCCCAGAGUUACAAGUUUUGGAAUCGCUCUUCCUGCGUGGAUUGUCGACCAGAAAAAUUCUAUGCUGGUGCUGCUGGUCUAUGGAUUAGCUUUUAUGGUCAUACUUCCUGUGGUUGUGGGUACAUGGUGGUACCGUUCCAUACGCUACAGCGGUGAUCAGAUCCUGAUCAACACAACCCAGCUUUUCAUGCACUUUAUGUACAAAACACCUACGAUGAACAUGAAACGAUUGGGAAUGGUGUUGACAGCGGCGUUUGAGUUUGAUCCUCGUAGCAACAAAGAAGCUAUUAUAAGACCAACAGACAACAUAGAAGUUCCCCAGUUGAUUCGGGAGCUGGGAAACAUUAAUGUUAAGAAGAAGGAGCCUCCGUUUUGCUAUCCCUACAGUCUGAAGGCACGAGUCUUAUUACUAACACAUCUUGCUAGGAUGGAGGUUUCUGAGAAUAUAGAGGAGGAUCAAAGGUUUGUGAUAAAGAAGUGUCCUGCCUUACUACAAGAAAUGAUCAAUGUUGGCUGUCAACUUACCAUGAUGGCAACCAGUAGAGGAGGCCUUCGGGCUCCCAGGCUGACAUCCAUAGAGAACUGCAUGAAGCUCUCUCAGAUGGUGGUUCAGGGUCUACAGGAGGCCAAGUCUCCUCUCUUGCAGUUGCCUCAUUUUGAAGAGGAGCAUCUCCGAUACUGCAUCUCUAAAAAGUAUAAGGUGCGGACGCUGCAGGAUCUGGUGAGUCUUAAGGACUCUGACAGAAGAAACAUGUUGAGGUUCCUCGGAGAGGAGAAAUAUGAUGAGGUCAUGGCUGUCCUCGGCAGCUUCCCUUACCUCCACAUGGAAAGCAAACUUCAAGUGCUGGAUGAUGAAGACAGCCAUAACAUCACAGCAGGCUCCAUCGUCACAGUUACGGUCACCUUGACGAGGAAGAGGAUGUCUGAGAUGUUCGAGAAGGAGGAGACCCCACAGGUGCCUGCAGAAGAAGCUAAUACAGAGGAGCAAGGUGAUGCCAAAAACAAAGUAAAAGUUUGGCAAAACAAGAAUAAAGGAGCUAAAAAAUCAGCCAAGUCCAAAAAGAAAAAACUGACUAAGAAGAAACCAGUCACACAACCAAGUGUGCAAGUAAAGGGAGACAAGACCAAACAGGCCAAUGGCAAUGUGGCAGGAAAUGAAGUUGUUGCUGCUUCAAAAGAGGAAGAGGAUGAACUCUCUGAUAAAGGCAGCGAAUCAGACGAGCCAGAGGGAAACAAGGACUCGCCCAGUGAAAGAGACGAAGAGAGUGACAAGCAGAGCGACACUGAGGGGGAUGAGAUAGCCGGAGAUGAUGAGGAGGAAUGGGAGGCCCUGCAACAGAGCAUUCAACGCCGAGAGAGGGCGUUACUGGAGACCAAGUCAAAAAUCACACACCCUGUCUACAGCUUGUACUUCCCUGAAGAGAAGCAGGAGUGGUGGUGGCUCUAUAUCGCUGAUAGGAAGGAGCAGACGCUAGUGUCUAUGCCCAACCAUGUGUGCACGCUCAGAGACACAGAGGAGGUUGAACUGAAAUUCCCCGCUCCGUCCAAAACUGGAAACUAUCAAUAUUCUGUGAUCCUCAGAUCAGAUUCUUACAUGGGAUUAGAUCAGAUCAAGCCGCUUAAGCUGGAGGUUCAUGAAGCCAAGGCUAUAAUGGAUAACCACCCACAGUGGGAUAUACCAGAAACUGAGGAAGAGGAGGAUGACCAGGAAGACAGUGAUGGUAUUGAAGAGUCUGAGGAAGAUGACGAAGACAACGACUAAAUCAGUCAAUUCAUAUAAACUUGAGCACAGCUCAGACACCCAUGUGCCCACUUAUACACACACACACACACACACAUACAUGUAUAGCCCCAGACCUUUGACGUCUUUUGUGUCUUCUUCUGGGUCUCCGCACGCAGGAGGAUGCUGAUGCCCCAUGUUCCUGUUUAAAACACAGGAAUCACAGAUCUGUCCGAACCUCUUCUUUGAACCAUAAGACUUGAGGAACUAUUGCUUAUUUUUUCCCCACAUUCAUCCGGUCAUUAUCAGUGGGUUGUCGGAAUGGUUGUCUGUGGGGUCCAGCCGUGUCUCAGAUUUCUCACCAUUUCACAAAAGGUGUUUGACCAACCAACACGACAAAAAAAUAAAAACCAGGUUAGAGCUGAAAAAUCGCACACCUCACGACUGUCAUUUUUCAGUGUCUGAUGAUACUUCAAGGGUAUUUUCUACCUUAUUUUGUAGUUUUGUGUAGAUUAGAGUUCAGAUUUACCAGGUGUUUCCACUUUUUAUGAGGCUGUGUGAAGUAUAAUCUGGAGUGAACCACAUAUGGCGCUUUUUCAUUGGAUAGUACAGCUCGUACAGCUCACUUUCGGAGGUUUUAACUUCCACUUGCAAACCAGGUAAUGUCAUCAUCUGUGCUUUGUUGUACAAAUUCCCAAAGUCCCUUUUAGCGGUGAUAAACAUCUGCAUGCUGAGAAUCAAAAACACCAUUCCAUUAAUAAAAUCCUGUGCGUUUGUUUGUAUCGCUUUUACAGUGAUGUCACGGACGUAGCAACGGCGCAAUUGUAACGAUGCGUCUCUAAUCCCAUCGACACUGCAAUGGAAAAGCAAACGGAGCCAAAGUAAAGCUAGCCGAUCCAAGCGGUACCGAGCCACGUCGUACCACACAAUGGAAAAGCGCCAAUAGACACGUGUAUACGUACUAAGCUUUAGCGAGAAUGGGUUAUGGGGCUGCUAUGGCUUGCAUUUCAGUUUGUCUGUUCAUGAAGUCUGGAAGUAUUUACAUUUAUGCAUUCGGUAGACUUUUAUAAGCAUACGUGUUCCCUAGGUUUCGAAUUCACAACCUUGGCGCUGCUAAUGUAAUGCUCUUACAGUUGAGCUACAGGAACACUAUCGAAGUGCUACCGUGUUAUAAAUCACCAUUCAGCUUCUUGUCACAAAUGCAGGUUUUGAGCUUUGCUAAAUAAUGACUGCAGACAUUUCACAUCUACAGCUUAGUCUGAUUUAACUCCUUAAGCUAAAAGUGCUAUCCCGCUGUUCCACGCAUAACCGGAUAAAUAUCAUGCUGCUUUCACAGUACAAUAUAACCACAUGGUUCAGUUUGAUUCUGUUUAGUCACCCCCCAUGCCAUUUAUUUAUCCAGUUGAUUUUUUUUACUGGAAAUCCCCACUGCAACAGUUACAAAGACACAUUGUCUGUAGCAUGAAUGUACAAUAGUACAUGCCUUUUUAGCAAUUACACAAAUUUGUUCCUCUGGCCGUAGAUCGAUAAGGUGAACAUUUUACCCCCCAAAUUAUAAUGGUUAUGGGACAAAAGCAUCUAUGUUGUUUUAUUGUUUCCCUAGAAUUGUAUGCCACAUAGUUUAGCUGUUUAUUUUUUUAAAUAUAUAUAUAUAUAGAUAUUAGUCUUACAUUCCACUUUCAAUGCAAACUAAAAGUUUUUUCACUGUACCAAUUUUCAAGUGGCCACAAAUAAAUCGCCAUCAUAUUUUGCAUUUGGUUUGUAAAACAAUUACAUCAAUAUGAGUUAAGGGAAUAAUUAGGGUUCGGAUUUAUCUUAAAAGUCUCACUUUAUUUUUGUGGGGUGAAAGAUGCGGGUCAAAAAUGUAAAAAAAAAAUUAUUAUCCAAUUUGUAAUGUUUCUUUGCACAGAUGAAAGGUCUGUCUAAGGCGAUGAAUAGUGAUUGUGAAAAGUCUUAGUCUGUAUUAUUCUUUCUUCAAGCAGAUGGGUUAAGCCAACCAGUGAACAUAUUUGAAAUGUAUGUUGUUAAUUUUACAUAUGUUGUUAAUCACAGGAAAUUGAAUUUACUUGUUUUUUUGCCAAUAGUUAAUCUAUGUAUUUUAUAGGUCUAUUUGAAAAACUUUAAACUUUUAAUAGAGAUUGAAUAUUAUUUUACUUCCCCCACCCCUUCAUUAUUAUAAACAAUGCAUUUCUUGGUAAUAGAGAAAAAGUGUCAUAUUCUGGCUGCAUGUAACACGCUCAUUCACAACCAGUUUUAUAAAAUGGUAAAGGUUUUACAGAUAAAUAGACAUUUUAGUAUUAUAGCUCCAAAAAAAAGAAUGUAGCCUCAGAAUUAAUGCUGUGACUUCAGUGCACAGAUAAGAGAAAUCAAGUCUUCACAUACAGAAAACCUCACUGGCCAGAAAAAGGGUGAAUUGCCUAUAGUAAACAGUAUCUGCCACUUUUGUUUACAAGAAAACUGUCAUUGUAAAUGGAAAAUAUAUAUUAUUUGUAUUUAAAUUUUUUGAAUAAAAUAACUUUUCAAAAGA